UCAUUCUCAUCUCAUAGUUGUAUAAUCAUUUCAAUUUGAAAACGUUCUAUUUUGGAAUUGGAAUUUCGACAAAAAAAAAUUCUUCAAAUUUCGAAAAAAACUUUGAUCAAUAUUUAAACAAAUACAGAAAAAAGAAUCGUUCCAUCGCUAGAAGAUCUCUUAUUAUUUAAUUAUUGUGUACCGCUUCUUCGCUAUCUGUACGAGUGUGUCAAAAAGUGAAAAAAAAAUCUUUCAAAAUUCUUCAUUUGGAAUCAAUGUUUUUUUUGUAAUUAUGAUUCAUUAUUGAUUGUGAAAUAGUGUCUCUAAUGUCGUGUAUUUGUGUGUGUAAGUGUUUAAAAUAGAAAAUUAUUUCAACACAUCCAUCUUUAAUUUAUUUUGGUUUUUCAAAUUUUUUCCCAACUGUGUCUGUGUUUAUUUUUAUUGCGAAUUAUAUUUACCCGAUCCACCCGUCGAAAAAAAACACAAAUCUUCCAAUUUGUCAUUGUUGUGUUUAGAUGGUAUUUUAUGUGUUUUCUCGCAUUUCUUUUUUAGCAUCAUUGCCAUCAAUCUAUUUUUAUCUUAAAAUACCUUUUUCCUCUUCUUAUCAAUCACAUCAACGUUCGACAAUACCGUUUUUUUCCUACUUUUGAUUCGUAAAACAAUCGAUUUUGAUCGACCAAUCAAUCAAAAAAAAAAAAAAUGAAAUCGACAACAACUUUAUCAUCAUCAAUUUAUGGUGGUGGCUUUAAAAGCUAUGAUCAAGAUGAUCACCAUCAUCACCAUCACAAAAAUAGCCAGCAAAAAGAUUAUAAUUCACAAUACAACAACUUUCAUCAUUGGCAACAUCGCUCAUCAUUUAUGCGUCAAAUAAAUAACAUAAUGUAUCAUAUUUAUUGCCUUUUUGGUUUAAUCAUUUUGGCCAAUAUUUGUUUCAUCAUUACAUCAGCUGCUGAAGAUGAAAAUAUGGAAAAAAUAUCUACCCUAGUGCCAGUAUUCAUUAGUAAAGGCGGAAAUAUUGUUGAGCGAGAAAAUGCUGAAAUACGUUUGCCUUGUGAGAUUAAAGAUCUCGGUGAACAUGCAUUCAUGUGGAAAUUCAAUACAAAAUUUUUAUAUGUCGGUAAUCUAACCGUAUUACAAUUAAAUGGCGUUGAAAAGGAUAUGAUGUCCAAUGGUAUUAUAAUUAAACGACUGACCAAUGAUCUUACCGGUAUUUAUAGAUGUGAGAUUAGCUCGAAUCCUCCAAGAAUGGUUCAAUACAAUGUAUCGAUGCAUACUGCACCAGUGAUCAUACCGAAUCCGGCCAACAAAGAUAAUAAGGUGGUCGUAUCACAGGAUCAACCAUUGGUAUUACAAUGUAACAUUGCUACAUCAUCAUCAUUAUUACCAACAACAUUUCAAUGGAAACAUAAUUCAAAAGUGAUAGAAUUGAAUCGAACGGAAUUCGUUGUUGAAACUAUACAAUUAUCCGAUGCUGGUGAUGUUACUUGUGAAGCUCGUAAUGAAAUUGGUAGUCGUUCCCAUACAUUUAAAGUGAUUGUUCAAGCCAAACCAGUCAUAACACUUUCGGAACAAAUUGUACAUGGACCGGUGGGUACUGAUGUUGAAGUAAAAUGUAUGGCUGAAGCAUAUCCAGCAGCCAAAAUUGAAUGGUAUUAUUCAUCUAAUAACCCGAUUCAUGUUUCAACUAAACAUAAAAUUGUCAAUAAUAUGAAUGAACAUUCAUCAACAUUGACCAUUUUUAAUGUUGGAACCAAAGAUCAUCAAGAAUAUUUCUGUUUAUCGGCUAAUUCUUUGGGUGAAGCUAAAGCAUAUUUUGCCGUGACUGGCCGACCAUCUAAACCGAAAUUUACUAGUCCAAAAGUCAGCAACAAUGGUGAUACUUAUCAAUUGGAAUGGGUCACUUUUUCACAGCCACCAAUCAAAAACACAACAUUGAGAGUUCGAGAGAUUGAUCAUGUAAAUGGACAACCAGGUAAUUGGCAAAUAAUAAAUGUUGAACCGACAGUUUCCGAUGGAACAGCACUUAAAACUAAAGAACCACAUCGCCGACAGACAUACCUAUUGGAAAAUUUAUCACAAGAUAAAAGCUAUGAAGUUGAUGUCGUUGUGGCUAAUGAAUUUGGUAGUACAAAAAGCGAUGUUUUUGUAUUCUCUACAUCCGAUUUUACCAGUGCUGAUGCUACAACAUUAGGAAUGAGCUUCACAAUGAUGAUAUUCGUAUUGUUGAUCUCGGUGAUUGCUUAAUUUCUUGCUUCGUUUCUCUUCAUUCUUUUCUCUCUCUCUUUGUCAUUUGUCGAUCCAUUUUAUUGAUUGAUUGAUUAAUCCAUCCAAGAAUCUUUUAUUACUUUAAUUUCUGAUUAUUAUUAUUGAAUUUCACGCCCAAACUUUAUUUGUCAUCUAUACACACACACACACACACACACAUACACCAUUUAUCAUCAUUACACUGAAAAUAUUUUAGAACCCCUGAUUUGGCUUAGUUUGUCAUAAAUAAAAAGCAUUUGAUACACGAAAAAAAGCCGGUCUUCUGAAUAGUUUUGUUUUCCGAAAUUUUUCUUAUACUUUAAUUUUUAUUUUUCGAAACUAUUAACAUUGAUUGAAAAAUAAAAUCAAAUAAUCAAUCAGUUUGCUCAUCUGCCGGUAGCCUUGAGCUGAAGGAAGGCGCUCACUAUAGUAUUAUAAUAUCGAUAUAUCGUUUAUCGAUAAAAAUCUGAUGAUGUGCUGGUUACUGAUAUCCGCAAAAAUAUGAUCUAAAUCACGAUUCCAUCAAAGAUAACGAUGUAAUAAAAGUUACAAGUACCCCCAAACAAAAUGGUAUUUGAAAAAACUUGUCGGAUUUGAAUUCCAAUAUUCUAAACAAAAAAAUUCAAUCACAAAAUUUUUGUGUCCAAAACAAGAAUAAUUUUAUAUCAUCCUUAUUAUUAAUUUGCCUAUAAUUUGUAUUAACUUUUAUCUCACCUUCGCUUCACACAUACACACACACACACACACCGAUUCAUAUUUUGCAAAAUUGAAAAUUUUUUCUACCAUAAAUAAAUUUCAUAUAACCAAUACAAUUUAUUUUUUCUUUUUAACAAUUUUCCUGCUCUGUUCACUAAUUUCGAUGAUUUAAAUUGAUAUUUUUGUCGAAUCGAUUGAUUUUGCAUUUUUUUUGUUUGUACAGAAACAUACUAAUAGAAUUGAUAAAAAAUUUUUUUUUUGAAAACAUAAACAUCAAACACAUCUCAUAAUAAUACACAAACACAUAAUGCAGUUCAUGGCUAAGUCACCAGUGGCCUAAUACAUUACACACAGACACAGACACACAUAAACAUUAACUGGAUAUAUAAAAAUGACCAUCAUUAUAUUUUCAUUGUCAUUAUCUUCAUUAUAAUUUGUCAUAUUCCAAUACAGAUUUAUAAAUUAUAUGCGAAACACACACACACACAUCCGAAAAAUAUAAUAAUAAAGCCAUCAUCAUUUGCUGCUGCUAUUCAUAUUUUU